CACACACAAUGAUGAAGAGCCUUGUUCUCUUUGUGUCAAUAGCACUCUGUGUUCCCUUAGCUUUGUCAUCAACAUUUUCUUCAGAUCUUCUCCUUCCUUCUGAUGAAGUAGUUCCUAAUGGUAAAACAUAUGCUUCAGUAGUUGACAGUGAUGGAAAUCCAGUAAAAGCAGGUGCAAAAUACUUUGUGUUACCAUCUUUAAGGGGUAGUGGAGGUGGUCUUGUUUUGUCUAGAGUUGUUGACAAAAAUGUUAAAGUUUGUCCACAAGACAUUGUCCAAGAACCUCAGGAACUUAACACUGGACGUCCUGUGGAGUUCUUUCCAGCAUACCCUAAUAAAACUGGUGAAAUUAUUAAAGUUAACAACCCCAUAAAUGUUAACUUCUUUUCACUUAGUAAGACAUCACGUUGUGCUAAUUUUACUGUAUGGAAAAUGGACAAGAAAUAUAAAUAUGUGGUAGGUAGAGGGACUCUAGGGGCGCUGAAUCGCAUAAGGAAUUGGUUCAGGAUUGUGCCAUAUGGAAAGGGCUAUAGGUUUGUAUAUUGUCCUUCACUCUGUGUUCCUUGCAAAAUUAGGUGCUUUGACUUAUUCAUUUCUUAUGAGGAACGCGAAAAUGUUCAAGUUAGACGCUUGGCUGCCUCGGACAAUGAAUUGCCAUUUUCUGUUUACUUCAAGAAGGCUGAUUAAUCAUCCUCCCUAUUAUUAAUAUUAUUAUUAUUAUUAUUAUUAUUAUUAUUAUUAUUAUUGUUGUUGUUGUAAUAUUUUCUAGCUACUAGUUGUGAUACCUAUCUAUGUAUAUCAUGACUACGUGGCAAUAAUAAAGUUAAAGUCAUCUUUUUGGA